GUCGGUUAUUGAUAACCUUCACCCUCCCCUGCUUUAUUCUUUUCUCUUCAUUUCUCCAUACCCUUUUACUCAGCUGCAGUUUCAGAUAGAACUCCAAGUUCAUUUCUCUUCCAUUCACCUUCUCCAUCCCUCUGCCCUUCACUUCCUCAGCUUUACACCUCUCUGCCUUUCUCUCUCUUCUUUUCUUGUCUUUUUUCUUUCUUUUCUUUCCUGGGUUUUCUCAAAAGAGGUAGAGAUUCCAUGGAUGGGGAUAUGAUAAAGCAUGAGAGAGAAGAUCAGAUGGAUAUGAUGAUGAUGAUGCAGAUGGAAAAACUCCCCGAGUUCUGCGGUACACCGUUCUCGGACAUGGGCGAGUUACUACCAUCAAUGGAGUUUUCAUGUGGCACCCCACCACCUGCUUUCGAUCCAAUGGCCAUAAAUUCACAUGCAAUGAUCAGUCAACCUUCGUCCUUAUCGUUUGUAGGCAAUGCAGUUCAUGAGCCGGUAAUGCCAGGUAUCUUCUCCGAAGCCAUGGUUGGAAGAUUGAGAAACGCAGGCGAAUUAUCGGGUGCAACUGCCUCCUCUCUAUCUCCGGGCCAGAAACGAAACUCGGUGGCAGCGAUGAGGGAGAUGAUCUUUAGGAUAGCAGCAAUGCAGCCGAUCCACAUUGAUCCAGAAUCUGUAAAGCCGCCCAAGCGGCGGAAUGUCAAGAUCUCAAAGGAUCCUCAAAGCGUGGCAGCAAGGCAUCGUAGAGAGAGGAUAAGCGAGCGGAUUAGGAUUCUGCAAAGACUCGUCCCUGGAGGGACGAAGAUGGAUACAGCAUCGAUGUUGGAUGAAGCAAUACACUACGUGAAGUUCUUGAAGAAUCAGGUUCAAUCCCUUGAAAGGGUGGCAUCUAAUAGAAACGUGGGACAUGGAUUCCCUGCAGAGAUUUCUAGCGUAAAUUACUCGUCGGUUGCAAAAGGGUACCAGACAUCUCAGAUUUUUCAGCCUUACACAACUGCUUAGCUGAAGUGGAUUAGUUGAAGUGGAUCUACAUUGCCUAUUAUGGUAGUUUGGGAACUUGUAAAGAGUCUCGUUGAGUUUCUUAAGUGUCUAUUUAUUACUGUCAUCUGUAGGUUUUCUAUUGUGAUUGUUAUAAAAUUACUGUUGAAUAGAGUGAUGGAUUAACUUCAUGUAAAGAUCAUCUCUCUCUCUCUCUCUCUCUCUCU